UAUACUAUGACUCUUGAUACCAGCAUUUAAAACCAAUAAGACUUUGUUUUAUUGGCUUAGUUGCUUUCCAGAAUUAAUCGUGUCAACAGUUUGGACUUACCUUCCAAAAAGAUGAAAGUUCUUGUCAAUGUUUUUACCAUAAUUCUUUUCACAACUCUCAUAACUGUUACCUUUGCCAAAUAUGAUGAAUUAUGUGCUCGAGUUGUUGAUGGAAUGAAAUUUCGAGAACCCGGUAAUUGUCAAGCUUUUGUAACGUGCAAAAAUGGAACUGGAACAGUAACAGCUUGCCCAGAAGGUGAACUCUAUGAUAAGGACAAAAAGAAGUGUGCCAAAUCAGUGAGCGAUUCAUACUGCAAAGAAAAAUGCAAAAACAAAAAUGGCCGCUGGUUAUCGGAUCCAGCAAAUUGUUUUGGAUACAUUUACUGUCAAUCUGGCGUAGGUAUCAAAGGCACUUGUUCCGAUGGCUAUCAUUUUGACGAAAGUGCCCAAAUGUGUGUUUUCCCAUCGGACUCGGAGUGCAAGGAUAUUUCGGACUUCUGUGGAAUCCUUCCUUCCAGUUCCUCAUUUUCCGAUCCCAGCAAUUGCAAUAAGUACUACAAGUGUUCCAAAAGUUCUGUACAAAAGCUGACAACUUGUUCGAGUGGUCUGUACUAUGAUAUAGCUAGUGAAAAGUGUAAAAGCAUGUAUGAAGUACCCUGCAAGAAACAUCCUAUUCCAUCCAAUGUCUGUGGCAAGGAUAGUAAACCGAUUUACGAUAAAUUCGUUGAGGACAAGGUCAGUUGUCGGGGCUAUUAUUAUUGCGCUUAUAAGGGCGAACGUUUGUCUGAUAAAAAACCCUCCUGGUAUCAGUGCGCCGAAGGAUUGUUCUUUAAUGAAAAAUUGCAAGCUUGCGCUGAUCCGACUGAAAGCACGUGUAAGCACAAUCGUUGUGAGGGUCGGGGAGAUUUGAAAGUCAUUUCCGAAAUCUGGGGAUGUCGGGACUAUUUAGCUUGUGAAAAUGGUUCUGUUAAAGAAACACGCAAGUGUCCGAAAGAUAUGUUCUUUGAUGAAAAACUACAAGCUUGUACGUUGAAUGAGACAUUCUAUCCGGUUUGUGACUUUUGAUUUGGAUUUUGAAAUGCAAGAAUAAAGAUAUAAUGUUGUUCAUA